AUUGGGGUUUAACGCCCUGUCAAACAAUUUCUCUAGGAAUUCACUUUCCCUUUCUCUUCACUUCCUCCAUGGAAAAACCAGAGUUAUCAGAUCAAAGAAGUGAGUGUCAAAUCCAUCCCUUACCAAACUCAGCACCUUGGCUUGUUUACCCACAUGGAAAUGAUAAAAAGCUUCAAACAUUUUAUAAUUUAAGUGAUCCUAAGAGUAGAUCUUGCAGAAAAUUCAUACCAGAGCUGAGUAAAAACUCGUUCUGGCAAAAAAAUUGUCAUCAAGGUUGGUUAGUCAUCACCUGUGAUGAUAAAGAUGUUCCGAAUUCCAAUUACGGGAAUUGUUUUUUAUGGAAUCCAUCGUCAAUGGAGACUAUUCACUUACCUUCUCUGCGAAAUUGGAUGGAGUUAGAUGGAUUUGAUAUACAAGACUGCGUUUUGUCUUCUCCGCCAAGGGGCGGUAAUGAUGGUGAUACAGAAUCCAUGGUGUUUUUUAUUAUUGGAGCUGGAGAAAGUCCUGAGUACACUAUUGUAUUCUGCAGCGUUGGUGAUACAAAAUGGUGUAAACAUGAGUUUAUUGAUAAGUCUCCGAAUUCAAUUGAUUACUUUAAUGGUAAGUUAUAUGCAAUGUGUUUAAAUAAUCCGCAUUUAGAGAUAAAAACACGACAUGGUUCUGAGAAAACAGUCUCUAUAAAUACACACCAGGGAUACAAGAUUCCGCAGUUUUUACUUAUUAUGUUCCAUCUCGUGGCGAAAUCUUCAAAAUUCGUAUACAUGGGAACCCCAGAGGUGUUUAUAUGCAGGUAUUUGUAAUCAACAUAUGGAAGGUCAAUCUAUCUUUAUUGGCUUUGGAAGAGGUUAAAAGUUUGGAUGAUCAUGUAAUCUUUCUAGGCAGAACUACAGUAGUGUCUUAUUCAGCUGCAGAGUUGGGUUAUACAAAGGGGUGUGUGCAUUUUACACAUUCGGAUGAAAUGAGCUUGUACAAAUAUGAAGUAGAUGAUAAAAGUUUGUUUCUAUCUUUACCAUGUCCUGAUCUACCAUCGCCGCGGUUCUCGUCAAAUUGGAUGAUGAUUCCUUCAACUUUAAGGAGCGCGGACUCUAUACAAAAAACACAUUAUGUAAAGUGCAAGAAGGAUGAGGAAGAUAGCAGUAAGAAUGCAGAGGAAAGUAAAAUAGGUGCCAAGAUGGUUGAGGCUGAUCUGAUACAAAAACUAAAUGGAGGUGAACUAAUGGAGGCAAGGGCUUGGGGUAAUCUUCUUCCUAAUGAUAUAAUAUGUUUAUUAGGGAGCUAUCUUCAUACAUUGGGUUACAUACACUGGCGUGCAGUCAGUAAAAGUCAUCAAUCUAUAGUUCCUAAAGCGACUGGAAACAGAUUCUCUUAUAAUAGGAAUAUACGGACCGAUUUGACUCCAUGGCUGGUUUUCAGCGAUGAUAAUCUAGGUGUUUACAAUUUCUUAAACCCAUUGCAUAAUGAGAAGUACCUAAUGAACAUCCCCGAAUUGUUAAAAGGUGCGAAAAUACGUUCUUCAAAAGGUGGUUGGUUGCUUAUCUCAAAAGGUAGAAACAGUUUUUUUUCUACAAUCCCUUCACUAGAGCAACUAUCCAACUCCCGGACUUACCAGAUGACAAGGAUUUUGUGUACUCAGUCAUCUCUUUUUCAUCCGUACCCACUUUUUCUGAUUGCUCGGUUUUUGCCAGAUAUCCUUUCUUUACUGAAGAGGUUCUAAUUUUUUCCAUUAAACGAGGAGAUGAAUCGUGGACGAUUAAUAUACUUGAUAAUGUUUAUGUGCCUCCUAAUAGGAAAGACGUGUCAUUCAAGCUGUCUCUUAACAAUCCAGUUUUCUACCAAGGAGCUUUCUAUUGCUUAGAUUGCAAUGGUACUUUAGGAGUGUAUGAUCUAAAUGACAUUAGUUGGGAGAUUCUUGUCAAGGUUCCACCUCCCAAUUGUAAUUUUUAUCUACAAAAGAUUCUUGGUGGAGUGUGGAGGAGAACUUUUAUCUGUGUAUUUAGGUAAUUUCGGGGAAUGGGUUCGGGUUUUCAGGUUGGAUAUGCCUGAAAGUGUUUGGCUUGAAGUUAAGCAUCUGGGAAAGCACAUGUUGUGUAUCAGCACUGCAUCAUGUAUUUCAGCACUUGCUCCAAACUGUCGCAUGGAGAACAAAAUAUACUUUCCUAGAUUGCAUAACGGAGAGAUUUUGUAUUAUUCUCUUGAAACAGGUACGUAUAAUUCUCUUUCAAGUAGUUCUCCUGCAGAUUUCUAUGACUCAACAGAGUACUUAAGUUGCAGUUGGAUUGAACCUAACUGGUCUGAAACCUCUAUCCAUGAUCUUGAUUGACUUGGCAAUUAGUUCUAGGCAGAUAGGUAAAACCGUUAGCCUCCUUUAAUGUUUAAACUUAUUUAACCUCUGCGUUUUGACAUUUCACCUCCUCCAAGGUAAAUAUCCCAUAUAUGUCAAGCUUGUUUUUGUUGGUUAAGUACAAACCUCAAAAUGAAGUUGUGGACGGUUUUAAGGUAUCGAUGGCAUGGAGAGCGUAAGAUAUCACAUCUCUAUCAUCCUACAGUCUUGAAGCUGUGUGUUUGAUUUUGAUCUAGCGCUGCUAGAUCAAAGUAAUUCCUCUGAGAAGGGGAAGAGGGUUAUGUCUCUGUGAUGUUUAGUUGGGGAUACCAUGGGUAAGAGCAUCCACAAGGGUUAAGUGUAAAAGUCUUUACUGCCUGCGAUAUACUUAUAACUUAAUGAGAGAGACAAUGAGCUCUAUUGAAGAGGCUGAUCUGAUACAGAAACUUAAUGAGAGAGACAAUGAGCUCUAUUUUCUUUCUGUUUCUUUUUUGUUGCUUUGUUUGUUUUCUUUCUACUCUUUUUGUGGAUAAACCGAAGGAAGAAGUAAAUUGCAGAGAUCUGUCGGCAUCAGGAAAAUGUAAGCCUACAGAUUUUCAAGGUUUUGUGCCUGGAUUCUGAAACAGCAAUUGAUAUCUUGAGGCA